AUGCAACGUUUAACAUGUCUUCGUUCUGGAAUACCAGAAUUACAUCGAGUUGUUGAUAUUUGUCAACAAACAAUAUCUUCGAAUACAAAACGAUGUUUAUCAAAUAUUUCAAGUAAUAAUAAUAAAAAAAACGAAAAUGAUCUUGGUAUUGAUACAAAAAUCUAUAAACCAUCAACAGCUACUACACAAACACAUAUACCAGAUAAUCUUAAAGGUGGACAACCAACAGAAACAAUUGAAACAAUACCAAAAAGUACAGCAACAUUAACUGGUGGUGGACAUGUUUGGUCUGUUCAAAAUCCAAAUUUAGUUCAUAUUGCUCCAUUAGGUGCUACCUCAACCCAGUUUGCUUCUGCACCACUUGAUGGUAAAACAGCUCAUGAAACAUUAGUUCAUGCAACCCAAGGUGAAUUAAAUAUUGCUGAUCCAUUUACAACACAUACUUUACAUGGUGAGGCUACACCUGGUCAAUUAGCAGAAGCUGCUGCUGCUUCAGCCUUUGAAACAUUUGCACCAGAUACACCAAUGACUUCAGCACCUACAUCAGAUACAGUAUUUGCACCAAAAAUUUCCUCAACUGAUGUCUAUUCAUCAGCAUCAUCACCAACAGGACAAUUUGAAAAUGCUGUAUCUUCAUCAACAUCACAUCAUGAUUAUGAAACUUCGACGCAAUCACAUAUAUAUGGCGGUCAAGAUACAUCAGCAUCAACAAAAACACAUCAAAAUAUAAGUGGAUAUAAUGUACAGACAACUGAUAAAACAAGGCAAAAAAAACAAUUUCUUUUAUUAAACAAAACUAAAAAUAUCUUUUUGUAG